CCUAACCUAAAUUUUGAAAUAAGAUUUCAGAUUGUUGAUUGUAUGAUUGUUUACUACAGGAAGAAGUGGAAUUCAAAUAUUAUCGCACUUAUUGAUUUUGAUUCAUUGAUAUUGAUGCAAGAGGAGUGAAAAUUAUGAAUAUUCAACAACGUUUACAAUGUUCAUCCCUUUUGGACGUCCAUAAUAGACUUAUGUUAUGUCAUGAAAGUGGACAGAAAGAGAUAAGUAAAUUAGACGAAUUGCUAAUUAAAAAAAAUCAUAAAUUCCUGUGGGAGGAUACCAAGAAUGAACUCACCUGGGAAGAAGAACUUGCUAAAAAGUACUACGAUAAAUUAUUCAAGGAAUAUUGUAUUUGCGAUCUCUCAAAGUAUAAAGAAAACAGGGUUGCUUUGAGGUGGAGAACAAAGACAGAAGUGAUAUCAGGUAGAGGACAAUUUUCGUGCGCGGAAAAGAAAUGUAAUUGCAAAGAGCGCUUGAAGACUUGGGAAGUAAAUUUCUGUUACCUUGAGAACAAUGAGAAAAAAAAUGCUUUGGUAAAAAUCAAGUUGUGUUCAGAGUGCUCUGCUAAAUUGAACUAUCAUAGUCUGAAACGGGAAGUGAAAAGGUUAAAGAAGAAGGGUAAAUCCAAAAAUAGGUUUGUUAAAGAGCAAAAUGUUGAAACUGGGGUAACCAAAAAUCUUGAUGAAAAGGUUGAAGAAAAACCAACAGGUAGUAAUAUGGCAGAAGAAUCUCAGAACCCUUGGUCACAAAAGAUCGAUAUUGAAAUUAAAUCUCGAGAGGAAGAAAUGGAUGAGUACCUUGACGAACUAUUGUUUUAAAUUCUAAUAUAUAUAUGGAGUAAAUAGUUUCCUUAAACCAUGAAUUUAUUGGUUUAGUGGUUGUUACAUAACAUCUGCUUUUUGUUAAAUAAUCUGGAGGAGGGACAAUUUGGAAAUUGUACAAAUUGUCCAUACCC